CAAGGCUGGCCGCUCUGUCAUGCUCGCUGUGCUACGUUCGCCUGUGCAACAUGAUUGGAGGGAGAAAAAAGCUGAUUGCAUUCGGCCUGAUGAUCGCCGUACUUGUGGCCGUUUUCGUGGUAUUAAUUGUAAUCUUCACGGUCAAUUCAGAUGUUAAGUGCGGUUCAAAGUUCGUCAGUUCUUCUGAACUGGGUCGGUAUGCGAAGGGCGCUGUGACAACGAACGGUCAGGAAUGUUCAAAAAUCGGUGCAGAUAUCUUAUCUAAAAACGGUUGUCGCGUCUUUGCACAGCAUGGGACUAGGCGGUGGAUUUCUUAUGACGAUAUGGGACGCAAAUAGCAAAACGGCGACCUUCCUGGACGCGAGAGAGACCGCCCCGAUAAAUGCAAAAGAGGACAUGUUCAAUGGCAAUGCUCAUUUAUCCAUGUAUGGUGGACUCGCAAUUGCUGUCCCGGGUGAGCUUAUGGGCUAUUGGGAAGCAUAUAAAAAAUACGGGAGGAUAACGUGGCCUGAGUUAUUCGAGCCUACAAUUAAAUUAUGCGAAACUGGAUCGCUCGUCAAUGAUUAUCUUGCCGAAUAUCUGGUCGAGAAGGAACCUAUGAUAAAGAACGAGAGCAGUUUGGCUGAAAUACUUAUAAAUCCUGACACUAAUAGAACGUGGAUCGCAGGAGAUCGAAUAAAGAGACCGAAAUUGGCGAAGACCUUGAAGCUUAUAGCGGAAGAGGGUCCCUCCGUGUUUUAUAAUGGCAGUAUCACUGACAAAUUAGUCGACGAGAUAACUAAGUUUAAAGGAAUAAUCACGAAACGAGAUUUUCAAACGUAUAGAGCCGUAUGGAGAAAGCCGGUCGCGUUGAAAAUGGGGAACCUGACAAUUUACAGUGCUCCGCCGCCAGGUUCAGGCGCAAUUCUAACGUUUAUAAUGAACGUCCUUCGUCGCCUGCUACCGGUUCGCGAUGAGAACAUAAUGUGGCAACGUAUAGUGGAGACCUUCAAGUGGGCUUACGCAAGAAGAACAGAGUUGGGGGAUUCUGAAUUUGUCGUCGGCAUAGACGAACUGCUCACCAAUUUAACGUCCAACGAUUACGCGGAAAUGAUAAAAAAUAGGAUUAAGGAUGAUCGCACAAGUCAAGAUCCAACAGAUUACGGCGCUAUCACCGCAACACUCGAGGAUGCAGGAACCGCACAUGUUUCCAUCCUCGCCCCCGACGGUUCUGCCGUCUCUGUUACGUCGACCAUCAAUCAGGUGUUGGGUGCGAUGAUACGCUCAGAGUCCACCGGUAUAAUAUUUAACGACGAGAUGGACGACUUCAGCUCACCUAACAUCACCAACGGCUUCGGGCUACCGCCGUCACCGGCGAAUUUUAUUCGGCCUGGUAAACGGCCGUUGAGUUCGAUGUGCCCGUCUAUAGUGGUAGAUCACAAGGGCGAUGUGAGAUUAGUGAUUGGUGCAGCCGGUGGCACGAAAAUCACGAGUGGCGUGGCGAUUGGGAUGCUCUUGAAUUUCUGGUAUGAUUACGACAUAAAGGAAGCGAUUGAUGCGCGCAGGCUUCAUCAUCAACUGCUGCCGAUGAAUAUCCAGAAUGAGAAAGAUUUUUGUCCAGUCACGUUAGAUUAUUUGAAGAAAAUCGGACACAACUCCACCACUUUUAGCGGAAUUGGUAGCGCGAUUACGGCUGUAUCGAAAGAAAAUGGAUUCAUAACAGCAAACUCGGAUUAUCGUCGACAAGGAACUACAGCAGGACUAUAAAAAUUAUUGUAUAGAAUUCACGCGGAUAACUUUAUACCCAAAGAUAACAUAACGGAUGGAGCAUUGAUUCUUUCUUUGCACUACCGUAAUUUUUCUUAAAUUGCAAUAACGAUUAAUUUAGGCAUACGGUUCACAAAUGCUCUCUACAGCGUAAAAUGUUUGUCUUAUCACAUCCUAUUUAUAAAAGAAUACAAGAAUAAAGUACUUUAUAAAUUACGGAAUUAUCCGCAGGCGAAUUAUAUGUGAUUAGAUAAUUGUUAUGUAAAUAAAAUUCUUAUUUUUAAGUUUAAGAGCCAAUUUAUAUUUCAAAUCAAAAUCAUUGGCAUAUGUGCCAAUUCAAAUAUGUGCCGAUUCAAAAUAUAUUUGAAUUA